AUGGGGAACACCACCAGCGAGCGGGUGUCGGAGCGCCACGGCGCCAAGGCUGCCCGCGCCGAGGGCGGCGGCGGCCCCGCGCCCGGCAAGGAGCACAAGAUCAUGGUGGGCAGCACCGACGACCCCAGCGUCUUCAGUCUGCCCGACGCCAAGCUCUCUGGAGACAAAGAGUUUGUGUCCUGGCAGCAGGAUUUGGAUGACGGUGUCAAGCCCACCCAGCAGGCCCGGCCCACUGUGAUCCGCUGGUCCGAAGGCGGCAAGGAGGUCUUCAUCUCCGGGUCCUUCAACAACUGGAGCACCAAGAUUCCACUGAUAAAGAGCCAUAAUGACUUUGUUGCCAUCCUGGACCUCCCAGAGGGGGAGCACCAGUACAAGUUCUUCGUGGACGGACAGUGGGUUCACGAUCCGUCUGAGCCUGUGGUUACCAGUCAGCUUGGCACAAUUAACAACUUGAUCCAUGUCAAGAAAUCUGAUUUUGAAGUAUUUGAUGCUUUAAAGCUUGACUCCCUGGAAAGCUCUGAGACAUCGUGCCGAGAUCUUUCCAGCUCACCCCCAGGGCCUUAUGGUCAAGAAAUGUACGUGUUUCGAUCCGAGGAAAGAUUUAAAUCACCACCUAUCCUUCCUCCUCACCUACUCCAAGUUAUUCUUAACAAGGACACUAAUAUUUCUUGCGACCCAGCUCUGCUUCCCGAGCCCAACCACGUCAUGCUGAACCAUCUCUACGCGCUGUCCAUUAAGGACAGCGUGAUGGUCCUUAGUGCGACCCACCGCUACAAGAAGAAGUAUGUCACCACGCUGCUGUACAAGCCCAUCUGAAGGCCUGCGCCCCGCACGCAGGAGAGGUGGCACCCGGCCUGUGAACUGAGCCAGUCCACGCAGACUGGGAGGCUGAUUUGCUUUGAGGCUGACGUGUGUGUUUCAGAGCCUCUGAGUAGGGCUCUGCUUUUGCAUUUGAUUGCACAUGAGAGCUUUAUGAGUUCAUGGAGUUUAUUUUAAGAAAAAAAAAACCAUAUAUAUACCUAUGAGAGAAAGGUUACUGGGAGCCUUCUAGCCCCAGCUCGAUACCGUCUCUGCCUGUGGGCACUUGCCACACUCACGGGGAGCUUCAGGAAUGACCAUUCAGGAAGCUUUUCCUGCAAUGAAAGAACAGCAGCUCCUUGUUGGGCUCAGGUCUGCCACUGCACCUUGGGUGUCCGAGGGACAGAUUGCUUCCAGGGCUGCCGUCCUCACAGCCGCCUCGUUGCCGGCGGCCUCUCUCGCGUGGGUUCUCUGUACUCGCGUGUACGUGGCACAGUCUGCUGAGUUUCCAUGCAGCACCAGAUGCCCCACAAGAACCCUUUUCUUCUCAUUUCAUAACUCUCUGUUCUGGAACAGCCUCUGUAGAUCUUACCCUUGACUCCUCUACUGCAGAACUCAUAGGGCUAGUGACCCCUUUGAAAAGCUGUGACACCUGACCCACCUUCGACUCUAGACUGCCAGGGGUCUCCCUGUUAGCCCAGCACAGGCCCAGGGCACUUUGUUACAGCUUGUUUUAACUUCUAAAGAAAAAAAAAAAAAGGCAUAGUAAGAAAGGCAGAGUGCAGAGAUGUGUCUGUUUUUGUUUGGAUGUGGUCCUGGCGGACGGCACAGUUCCAUAGGUCUUCCCACUUAGCCUGGCCCUGUUCGCAGCCUGGCCCGGUCAAAGCCGACAGCUCAGCAGGCAGGUGUUGGACCAGGGAUUGCUUCCAUGUCUUUCGACCCUGAAAGAUUUUCAUGUGCCUAUGUUUUUCUGUAAUUUAAAAACCUGCAUUUCCAUUGGUCAUAACAGACUAUUGAAGAUUUUCAGGCUUUGGACAAAUGGUUAAGAUGUUGUUCUUUAGAGAAUUCUGCAGUCUUACAUUAAUACAGCCAGCCCUGUGUACAUGAUCGCACCAGGCGGUACUCUAGAUGCACGGCUUUCAGGCCCAUUUGAUAUUCGAUGCACAUACUAGAUCCUCUUAACUCUAACAAUGUGUAAGGCCAAGAAACAAAAAGUUAUCACUGGUAUUCAUUACCAUGAAAAAUACUGCUCUCUCCAUAAAGUGCUAACAGAUUGGG